UUUCCGCUUGUUCGGCCACUUGAAACCCUAGCUGUUUCUCCUGUUAACUCGUUUUUCUUUUUAUUCUUUGUUCUCUCUAUAUUUUUUUUCGUCGACACAACAAAAGAAAAGUUAUGGCUGGUAAAGGAGAAGGUCCAGCGAUCGGAAUCGAUCUCGGAACCACUUAUUCUUGCGUUGGCGUUUGGCAACAUGAUCGUGUUGAGAUCAUCGCCAACGAUCAAGGUAACAGAACGACGCCGUCUUAUGUGGGCUUUACCGACACCGAGCGUUUGAUCGGCGAUGCAGCAAAGAACCAGGUCGCCAUGAACCCCGUGAACACCGUCUUCGAUGCAAAGAGGUUGAUUGGACGUAGAUUCAGUGAUGCAUCUGUUCAGAGUGAUACUAAAUUGUGGCCAUUCAAGGUCAUCGCUGGACCUGGUGACAAACCCAUGAUCAUUGUUAAUUACAAGGGUGAGGAGAAGCAAUUUGCUGCGGAGGAGAUCUCUUCUAUGGUACUCAUGAAGAUGCGUGAAAUUGCUGAGGCUUACCUUGGCUCUACUGUUAAGAAUGCCGUGGUUACUGUCCCUGCAUACUUCAAUGACUCUCAGCGUCAGGCAACAAAGGAUGCUGGUGUCAUUGCUGGUCUUAAUGUCAUGCGUAUUAUUAAUGAACCCACGGCUGCAGCCAUUGCUUAUGGUCUUGACAAGAAGGCUACCAGUGUUGGCGAAAAGAAUGUCUUGAUCUUUGAUCUUGGUGGUGGUACUUUUGAUGUCUCUCUUCUUACCAUUGAAGAGGGUAUCUUUGAGGUGAAGGCCACUGCUGGAGACACUCACCUUGGAGGUGAAGAUUUUGAUAACAGAAUGGUGAACCACUUUGUGCAGGAGUUCAAGAGAAAGAACAAGAAGGACAUUAGUGGUAACCCCAGAGCUCUUAGGAGAUUGAGGACAGCUUGUGAGAGGGCAAAGAGAACUCUGUCAUCCACUGCCCAAACCACCAUUGAGAUUGACUCCUUGUACGAGGGUAUUGACUUUUACUCAACAAUCACCCGUGCCAGAUUUGAGGAACUUAACAUGGAUCUGUUCAGAAAGUGUAUGGAACCCGUUGAGAAGUGUUUGAGGGAUGCCAAGAUGGACAAGAGCACUGUCCAUGAUGUUGUGCUUGUUGGUGGUUCUACUAGAAUUCCGAAGGUUCAGCAGCUUUUGCAGGAUUUCUUCAAUGGAAAGGAGCUCUGCAAGAGCAUCAAUCCCGAUGAGGCUGUUGCCUACGGUGCUGCAGUCCAAGCUGCUAUCUUGAGUGGUGAGGGUAAUGAGAAGGUGCAGGAUCUCUUGCUCUUGGAUGUCACCCCCUUGUCCCUUGGUUUGGAAACUGCCGGUGGUGUCAUGACGGUUUUGAUUCCAAGAAACACCACAAUUCCCACCAAGAAAGAACAGGUCUUCUCUACCUACUCCGACAACCAGCCUGGUGUGUUGAUCCAGGUCUAUGAAGGUGAGAGAACAAGGACUAGAGAUAACAACUUGCUUGGUAAAUUCGAGCUCUCUGGUAUACCACCAGCUCCUAGGGGUGUUCCACAGAUCACAGUGUGCUUUGACAUUGAUGCUAACGGUAUCUUGAACGUGUCUGCUGAGGACAAAACCACUGGGCAAAAGAACAAAAUCACCAUUACAAAUGACAAGGGAAGGCUUUCCAAGGAGGAAAUUGAGAAGAUGGUUCAGGAGUCAGAGAAAUACAAGUCUGAGGAUGAAGAGCACAAGAAGAAGGUCGAGUCCAAGAACGCAUUGGAAAACUAUGCUUACAACAUGAGGAACACAGUGAGGGAUGAGAAGAUUGGUGCCAAACUUCCUCCAGCAGAUAAGAAGAAGAUCGAAGAUGCAAUCGAGCAGGCCAUCCAAUGGCUAGACAGCAACCAACUUGCCGAGGCAGAUGAAUUUGAAGACAAGAUGAAGGAAUUGGAGAGUAUCUGCAACCCCAUCAUUGCAAAGAUGUACCAGGGCGCUGGUGGUGACAUGGGUGGCGGCAUGGAUGAGGAUGUCCCAGCUGGUGGAAGCGGUGCUGGCCCAAAGAUUGAGGAAGUGGACUAAGAAAUUUAACCUAUGUCUUUUAUAUGCUUCUCAAUUAUUUCUAUCUCUUAGGUGUUGUUUUUUUCCUUUUUUUUUUUCAAUGAAUCGGAUUUAAACGAUCAUUUUCUGGCUUCCGACCCCUUUGAGUAUUUUGUCCAAAGCCAGUUUUAAAAAUUUUAAGCAUCCUGUUAUUCUUGUUUUGGAAACAGGUGCUAUUGCCAGGUCGCCUGAACUUCAAUAAAGGUUUUUAUUGCCCAACUAUUUGGUGGUUUUAGUUUUGA